GCUCCCUGUCUGAGCGCACAGUGUGCCAAGCUGUGUGAGCUGAGGUUAAAGCCUAGUGAGUGGAGAGUCUUGCUUUGCAGAGUUCACAGCCACUGUCAACCAUGAAUCCUGCCACAUGUAACACCUUGCUGCAUGUGUGCAGGCAGAGCAGCAGGAAUUGUCCGCCAUGGGUAUUUAGAAGAGAGAGUCACUGGCAGACAUCUUUGCUGACCCUGCGUUCAACUCUUCCCAUGAGGGCAGAGCCCAGGAAAAAGAAAAAGGUGGAUCCAAAACGAGAACAGGCUGUUAGAGAGCGCAUGAAGAAGAAAUUGAAGAAACUGGAGAGAAUCCCCCCUCAGCUUAUCCCCAUUGAGGAUUUCACAAGGCCUGCAAUGCUGCUAGAUGAUACCAGAGUCCGUAGACCCCCUCAGCUGCCUGUGGAAGAGCAAGAAAGGAGAGCGCUACUGAUUAAGAAGUGGGCACUCCACAAGCAACAAGAACAUGAAGCAGAGCUCAAAAGUGUGGAGUCGCUCCUGGAAGCUCAGCGUGAGGCUCUGCAAGAGCUGCGUCUGGAGUCAGAAGAACUCUACAAUGCAGCCAUGCGGUGCGACUCAGAACUUCUCCCUCUGGAGAAGCGGGGACCAUGCCACACUCCUCCUAUACCCCAGUACAGUGCCCCAGAGGGAAAAUACAAUGAUAUCACCAAAGUAUACACCCAGUGAGAUGUUUGGUGUGGGAUCUGUGCACUGACUGUGUAUUUUUUUUUUUAUUCUCUAUGGGACUAAAAGAGCUGCAGACAUAUGAUUUUAUUUAUAUAUAUAUAUAAUAAGGAGGGACUUAAAAGUGAUCCAUAAAAGGGGGUGAACAAUUAUAUUGAUUUCUUAGUUUUUAAUGUCAAUGUAUAAAUACUCUUGUGUUGAAUGCAAAUAAAAUCCAAGAAAGCUUGUUU